GUUGGAAUUUUCGACCGUCUCGACGUACCAAGCGGCGGCGGACAAACCCAGGGAUGGUCCCGACGGCAUCGGCAAGCACAUCAAAGAAGGUGCCUGGCAAACACACACCGCCACGCAAGGUCAUGAACGCGUGGUGGCUCUUUAACACACACACGACCCGUGGCGCCGACGCGGACAGCACGCUCGAGAUCUUCGACCACGCACCGACCGUCAAAGUAAAGUCUGUCCGCAUCGAGGACGACUGGCCCGUCAAGACGGUCGAAUUUGAAGUCGAACUUCGGUACAGAGGCAUCUCCCGCGACAUUUACCUGCCCAAGAGCAACGUGUACCGGCUGUGGUUUUACAUCAAGGGACAUGGGUACGUCCGGACCGUGACGCCCGCGACGGCGCCGGCCCACACCAGCCCACCAGCCGCCGUCGUUAUGGACGACAAUGCUGUUCCCGCAGAGAUCGAGAUGCCACAGCUGCGCGACUUUUUGUUUGCCAACUCGCAAGCGUCGACAACUCCCGACAUGAUCUCGCUCCUUGAGACGUAUCUGAACGCGGCGCUAUCGAUUCCCGCCGUCCGUUCGUCGGCGUACGUGCUGUCGCUGCUUCAAAUCAGCGGCGGCACGUUCGACGAAACGGGGUUGGUGACGUCCCAACGCGAGGGCUGGCUUAAAGUGCGCAUGUGGCUCCGAGGCAGCAACGACAAUGUUCGGCUUCACCGCGGCACCGUCAUGUGCGACAACGGUUGUUUCAACUGCUUUUGCGUCGUCAAAAAGUACGCGUGGCACACGUCGCAGUGGAAGUGGGUCGCUCUCAAGGACUCAUGCAUCGCGAUUUACGAAUCGAAUCGGGCCAUCACACCAACGGAUGUCGUUCUGUUUGAUGGCGGAUUCAAGCUCGAGACGGGCCUGCGCGCCGUCGGGUCGGCCAAAGAGUUCGUCCUGACCACGUCAGCGUACGUCUUGCAUGCAAAGGCCCGCCACAAGAACGAUUGCGUCAAGUGGGCCAACCAGAUCCGAUCCGGGGCAGAAACCAGCGAGUGGACUCGCCGAAAUCGCCGGGACGGAUCGUUCGCGAUGCCGCGGCGACACAUCCACGUGCCGUCGCGGGCGCAGUGGUAUGUUGACGGCGAGGAAACGUAUGCCGCGAUGCAUGCGGCGAUGAUGGCGGCGACGUCGGAGAUUUUCAUCGCGGGGUGGUGGAUCUGCCCCACGACGUACUUGCUGCGUCCUGCGACGGACGCGUCCCGACUCGACCUCGUGCUCAAGCGCCGCGCCGAAGACGGCGUCCAGGUGUACGUGCUGAUGUACAAAGAGAUCUCGAUGGCGCUGUCGCUCGACAGCCAAUUCGCGAAAAAGUCGCUGCGACGGCUGCACCCAAACAUUCACGUGCUGCGGGAUCCGGACUUUAUCAUGAAGCAACUCGGGCUCUGGUCGCACCACGAAAAGAUUGUGUGCAUUGACCAGACAGUCGCGUUUGUUGGCGGGCUCGAUCUGUGCUUUGGCCGGUGGGAUAAUGCCAAGCACAACUUGUUUGAGCCCGAGCCGCAGACGUUUCCAGGCAAGGACUACAGCAACCCCCGCAUCAAGGACUUUGUCGACGUCCAUCGGCCAGACAUUGACCUCAUGGAUCGCAAUGCCAACCCGCGCAUGCCGUGGCACGACUGCCAUUGCAAACUCUUGGGCGAGCCCGCCAAGGACGUCGCGCGCCACUUUAUCCAGCGGUGGAACUAUUCGGUCAGCACGCGGUUCAAAAUGCACCGAUUUCACCACUUGGUGCCUGCCACCGGAUGCAAGCACAUGGCGCUAUCGAGGAACGUGGCGACCGCGCCGCCUAUGAUCCAUACGUGCACCCGCAACCCGCGGCUGUCGCUGUGCGUCACGGGGUUUAGCCAAGCUACGGCGCCCGCCGUCGAGCCCGUUGUACCUGGCACGGAAGGCAUUGUGUUGACCGACUCGACGGACGGGGCGACGAAACGAGCAUCGGUGCCGAAGGGGACCACCGCAGCGCCGACGCAGCCGGCAAACGACGACAAGGACCGGAACGAAUCCACCGACCACGUAUCGGCCAACCUCUCGCCCACGACAAUCGACGACGGAUUUGCAUGCAACUGCCAGAUCGUGCGAAGUUUAUCGACUUGGUCGGGGGGCUGCAGCACGGAAAAGAGCAUCCAGAACGCCUACAUUCGCGUCAUCAACGACGCGCGCCACUUUGUCUACAUUGAGAAUCAAUUCUUCAUUUCGAGCAUGCAAGGCGACCCACUGUGUCAAAACCUGAUUGCCAACGCCCUCGUGAGCCGCAUCCUCCGCGCACACGCCGCCAAGCAGCCGUUCCGCGUGAUGGUGGUGAUGCCGCUCCUACCGGCAUUCCAAGGCAAGCCCCAGGAAAAAGAAGCGUACAGUCUUCGCGGCGUCAUGCACUGGCAGUACCGAAGCAUUUGCCGCGGCGACGGAUCGAUAUACCAUCAACUCAGCGCCGCCGGCAUUGACAACGCAUUCGAGUACAUUGCGUUCUUUGCCCUUCGCACGCACGCCAUGCACGAUGGGGUGCCCCACACGGAAGAAGUCUAUGUCCACAGCAAGAUCAUGAUUGUCGACGAUAGCACUUGCAUCAUUGGGAGUGCCAACAUCAACGAGCGCAGCAUGUCGGGCGAUCGCGACUCGGAAAUUGCCGCCGUCAUCGAAGACGUCGAAUGGGUGCCGCAUGUGACGUUGGGUGGGGCGGCGGUCGGCAAAUUUUGCCACUCGUUUCGCAUGCGCCUCUUUGACGAGCAUUUUGGGCCGGCUACCACCGCCCAACGCGGAGGUGUCAAGAUGGCGUAUCGCGAGGACCCGACGUCCGCCGCGGCGUGGAUGGCGCUGCGCCAGCAAGCGAUGGCCAACACCAACAUUUACGAAGCCGUGUUUGGGUGCCUCCCUGCCGACAGCAUUCGCUCGUUUCACGACAUGGGCGUCGCUUUCGUGGCAGAAAGUGUGCGGCAUCCGUCGGGCCGGUUUAGCCAGCUGCAGCACGACACGGCAUCAUCGGCGGACACUGCUCGGUCCCACCGGCACCACCUCGACCACCACGAUUCUCACCAGCCGCUCGAACCAGCGACGAUUCCUCCGCGGUCACCGCAUGCCGCCACCAAUUGCAACGACUCGGUCCAACGACGUGGCUCCAUGGAGAACGGGACCGCGCCUUCGACGAAGCAAGGCAGUUGGCGCUCCACGAGCUCGCGAGAGCAGGAAGCCCACUCGGUCUUUACAAGCGCGAUGCGCGCGUUUCGACGCGAACAGACCGUGACCAAGGACCUGCGCCCGCACUUGGAAGAUGUUCACGGCCACAUCGUAUACUUUCCACUUCGUUUUCUCGAACGUGAAGACCUCGAGCCCAAGUUGGUGCCGACCGAGCUGCUCCAGUGACAGCACCGCCGCCUCCACGUCGUUAGACACCCCUCGUAUUAUACGCGACUGUGUCCGAGCGUACAGCACUGCAGUCGAGGGGGCGCCACAUCACCACAAAAUCACGCCAUGACGUGGCACGGCCUCGUGCUAGGAG